GUGUAGCUACUUUCCCGGCACUGCGUCACUCGUAGGUUGAGUGUCCCGCAACAGAACGUCAAAUUGUAGGUGGUGGAUACUGAUACGCGCGUGCAUGUGUUUUUGUACGGGAAAGAGAGUGAGGAGUGGAGAGAAAGAGGGAGGUAACGUUAGGUAUGUGCCACCUGACUGCCUGCAGAUGUCUUUGCAGCAGCAGGGAAUGGACCUGACAAGGGAUGUAGGUGACAGAAUACAUUUGCGGGGGAAAUGCCAAUGGAAUUUUUUUGAACAAUGCGUGUCCACGGCUACAUAUCGACAUCUUUUCAAAACAAAUGAUGUAGCAUGUUAGUUUGUUAGCGACAAAAGUGCGUACGGGGCUUAUUAUGCAGUCUCACUGCGGCUGCAGCAGGGAGCUACUUGAAUUCUCAAAUAGUUUUACUAAAGCGACGGGAUCUUUGCCGACCACAAGAAAUGCUGCAGGCUUUCCCACAAUGACAGUGGCUGUGUCCUGCGUUUCAUUCACCUCUAGGGAUAGGACGAAUGUUUGAAUAAAGAGUGUUCUCUGUUUAUCAAGCAAACGAUCUCUCUUUUGACGCCUACAGAAGUCAUCAUCAAAUCCAAUAUGUUUUGCUGAUAAAGGAUCGAUCAAUCAUCAAGGACAUCGAUCAAGAUGGAAAGCGAGGUUUUUCUUCCCCAUCUGGAGCAAUUUAUGCUCAGCCCGCUUGUCAUUUGGGUGAAGACAUUUGGGCAAAACGAUGGGAACAUGACAUUGGAUUAUUCCGAGUUACUGGAUGGGGUCGUUUUGAACAAGAUCAUGUUUCAAAUAAAUCCCAAAGCGACUCUUCCGAGCGUCAACAAAGUGAACGACGACCCCAGUCAGAGGAUUCUGAACCUGACCGCUCUCAUCCGUCAAAUCAAAACCUAUUACCUAGAGACUCUGAGGCAGCUGAUCAUGAUGCCCUUACCCAGCGUGUUGCUGCUUGGCAGGACUCCUCACUGUGAGCAAAGUUUGGAGGAAAUGAAGAAAUUACUUCUUCUCUUAUUGGGCUGUGCUGUCCAGUGUGAGAAGAAAGAGGAGUACGUCGAACGCAUCCAGACUCUCGACUUUGACACGAAAGCAGCAAUAGCUGCUCAUAUCCAAGAGGUUACCCACAGUCAGGACAGUGUACUGGACCUCCAUUGGCUGGAGGCCAGCGAGCUCUGUGCUGAGGACCUAGAGACCCUGUUCAGGCGCCUGGUGGACCAGAGAGACACACAGCUGGAGACUAUUUUAGAGCUAAUGCAGGAGAGAGAGUCCACCCCGUCACCUUCUCCGCCCAGCACCCAGUCCCCCAGUGACUGUCCCAGCAUGCAACAGCUGGCGGCCUCCCACCAGCACCUGUCUGUGGAGCUGGCCGACUCCAAGGCCAAGGUCAGACGGCUGCGCCAGGAGCUAGAGGAGAAGAGUGAGCAGGUACUGGACUGUAGACAGGAGCUGGAGAACAUGGAGGCUGAGUUCAAGAGGAUUCAACAGGAGAACUCUGUGUUGCUAGCGGAGGCCCGGUCAGCCCGUACGUACCGUGACGAGCUGGAUGCCCUGAGAGAGAGGGCCAUCAGGGCUGACAAGCUGGAGAGCGAGGUGGGACGAUACCGCGAGAAGCUGCACAACAUGGAGUUCUACAAGGCCAAAGUGGAGGAGCUGAAGGAGGAUAACUCUGUGUUGUUGGAGACCAAGGCUGUACUGCAGCAGCAGCUGGAGGGGUGGAGGGCCCGCUCUGAUAAACUACACCAGCUAGAGAAACACAGUCUGCUGCUCAACGCCAGGGUCCACGUCCUGGAACAGGAGAAGGAGGUGGACAGGAGGCGCAUGGAGGAGCUGCAGGAGGAGAACCUGGCCCUGGAGCUGGCCCAGAGGAGGAGCAUGGAGGAGUCACAGCACCUGGGAUGGGAGCUGGAGCAGCUGUCCAGGAGCCCCGACAACUCACAGGGUCAGAAGUCUCUGGGUGAGGAGGUGGUUGAGGGGACCAGGAGUCGUCUGCUGCGGCUGGAGAGAGAGAACCAAAGCCUGCUCAGGACCAUAGAGGAACUGAGAGCUGCUGACCUCAGCCUGGGACCGCAGCACAACCAUAACCAUGAGCACAUGCGGAGGGACGGCCAGCGACCCACGAACACGGCUGAGGUGGUUAGAGAGUACCUUGGCAGUUUAGACAACACCUCCUGGGAGCAGUCUGAAUUGGUCAUCAAAGAGGAUUGUGACAUUGACAUAGACACAUCACAUCACAGGGACCCAAAGUGCAACGGAGUGUCGGUUGACCUAGAAGGAGAGAUUGACCGACUGGAGCGAGAGAGCGAGACCCUCAAGGAGAAGAUGGACCUUCAGAAGCAAGAGAAAGGCCAACUCGAAGACAGAGAGUCUUGCGAUCUGAGUGACCCCAUGGCUGACCUGGAAGCAGAAGCUAAAGACAACACCCGCAAUCUCCUUCAACCAGGCGCUUCAGUGUCUCUGACUCGUGAUACCUCACCCUGCUCUAAGAACAAGAGUCCACGUCGGGAGAACAGUAGCACGGAGCUGCAGACAAGGGCUUUCUCUUCAUCCAUGAAGCACACAGAGCGUCUGGAAGCGAAGUGUAGAGCCCUGGACACAGAGAACCAGCGGCUUCAGGCUGCCCUGGACAACACAGGCCGGAAGCUCCAUCGGCUGGAGGCCGAGGUCCACGAGCUGGAGGCUGAGAACCAGAUCCUGCAGGCUGGGCUGGAGGAGCUGAGGAUCUCCUCGCGGCGCAUGGAGCAGCUAGGUCAGGAGAAGCAGACCCUGGAGCAGGAGGCUUCUUGCCUGGAGAGAGACAAGAGGAGGCUGGAGAAGGAGAACCGCAGGCUGAGGCAACAGGCAGAGAUCCAGGACUCUACCCUGGAUGGGAGCAACCUGAGGGUGGCUAAUCUGGAGAGAGAGAACAGGGGGAUGGGGAAGGAGGUGGAGAGGCUGAAGGAGGUGGAGGAGAGGGUCAAGGGGCUGGAGAGGGAUAACAGAGAGCUGGCCAAGCAGGGAGCGAUCAACCAGAGGGCCCUGGUCACCCUGAGAGAGGAGUUGGUGAGUGACAAGCUGAAGACCCAGCAGAGGGAGAAUGAGCUGGAGAGGCUGGCCCACGAGCUGGAGAUGAGAGUCCUCAACCAGGACACGUCACCACAGAGUGACGAGGAAACUCCAGACAACAGGUUCAAGAUGUUGGAGUCUGAGCUGGAGUCGUCUCUGAAGAGGUCCCUGCAGAUCAAAGAAGACAAGAUGGCUGCCGUUGAGGCUCGUCUGCAGGAGUCCUCCACCCUCAACCAGCAGCUACGUCAAGAGCUCAAGACUGUACGUCUGAACUACGAAGCCCUACUGCAGAGGGAGGAGGAGGAGCAUGCGGCCCGUAGCCCCACCCCUCAGAGGGAGAGUGACAGGGCGGUAAGCGAAUGGCAGUGGGAGAGCCAGGAGGCCACCAGGGAGCUGCUGAGGGUCAAGGACCGCCUCAUCGAGGUGGAGAGGAACAAUGCCACACUGCAGGCAGAGCGUCAGGCACUGCAGGUCCAGCUCAGACAGCUGGAGACCCAGUCAGACGGCCUGCAGGCUCAGAUCCUGGCCCUGCAGAGACAGACCGCCUCCCUGCAGGAGAACAACACGGCUCUCCAGACACACAACGCUAACCUGCAGGUGGAGAAGUCCACUCUGAACUCCCAGAGUGCAUCACUCCUGGCCCAGAACGCUCAGCUCCAAUGCCAACAAUCCAGCACCGAGGGUGAUAAGGAGGUGGCCAUGCGUGAGCGCGAGGAGCUGCGCGGCGUGCACGACCAGCUCCUGAGGGACCACGAGAGGCUGGCGGCGCUGCACGAGAGACAAGCCAUGGACUACGAGGCCCUGAUGGGGAAACACGGUUGUCUGAAGAACGCCCACCGCACUCUGGAGCUGGAGCAUAGAACGCUGGAGGACAGGUACAAAACCCUGCUGCAGCAGAAGGCCAAACUAGCGGGUCUGGAGAAGGCUCUGAGAGAGGAGCAGGACAAGAUGUCUGUGGAGAAGGAGCAGCACAGGACCACCGCCUCAGAGUGUCGACAGCUCCGGGAUGAGAAGGACUGGCUGAACCAGACGUACCGUCAGCUGUUGAAGGAUCAGGAGGAGCUCCAGGCGGAGCAUAAGAACAUGAAGACCCUGCUGAACAGCACCAAGCUGGAGCAGACCAAGCUCGAGUCCGACUUCAACAAGCUCAGAGAGCAGUACCAACAGCUAGACAUCACCAGCACCAAGCUUACCAACCAGUGUGAGCUGCUGAGUCAGUUGAAGGGGAACCUGGAGGAGGAGAACCGGCACCUGCUGGACCAGAUCCAGACCCUGAUGCUGCAGAACCGCACCCUGCUAGAACAGACCAUGGAGAGCAAGGACCUGUUCCACGUAGAACAGAGACAGCACAUAGACAAGCUGAAUGAGCUGAGGAGACAGAAGGAGAAGUUGGAGGAGAAGAUCAUGGACCAGUACAAGUUCUAUGACCCCUCACCCCCACGGAGGCGUGGGAACUGGAUCGCCCUGAAGAUGAGGAAGCUGAUGAAGCCGAGGAGCCGCGAGCGUUGUGGCCCCGCCUCCUCUUCUGACCACCAUCGCUCCCUCACCCCAACACGCUCCGGCUCCUUCGAGGCCCUCCCGCCCACCUCGCCCUCUGCUUCCUGUUGCCAGGACAACGGCUCCUUCGUGGGUUCGGACGGCUCGGGUGGGUCCACCACUUCCCCCCGGAGGAGCAGCACCCCAGCCCUGAAUGACCUGGACAAACUGAAUGACUUGGUGUACCCCUCAACCCUGUCUCAGGACCCUGAGCAGCUAGAGGGGUCAGGGGUCACAAAUGACAGAUCCAGGAAGGAGUCUAUGACCUCAUCCAUGAGCGACUCCAUCUUGUCCAUCAUCAACCAUCAACACCAGCCCACCACCACUCCUUUGUUUUAUCCCACCACCACUGCUGCUGCCGCUGUCACUGAUGGCAAUGAGCGAUGUUUGACAGACAAGGAUUGUAAUGACAGUGCUGUGGCGGCUGACUUUGACGACGGGGACGAACUACAAAACCGCGGUCUGAAUGGCGUGCCGAGCCGUGCCCAAAGCCAGAGCAGUGGAGAGUUCAGCCUCAGCCUAGACAACGAACCCUGGUCCAACGGCAGUAGCCCAGUCCAGCCGCCUCCGUCAUCCCGCCGCUCCUCUUCCUCCUGCCUUCCUCCUAGCGAUACCUCCACCCCCCGACACACACGGCAGAACCCCUCGCCGACCACACACACACAGCAGCGAUCCACUUCCUUAACACACACCAGCAGCAACAAACACAGAGAGAGGGUAGGAGUUAAGAACUCCUCACCUAUUGCCAUAGCAAACACCCAGGGUUCAGUUCCCUGUAGGGGGAGGGAGGUGGGUAGCACCCAGGACCCCUGGCCCAGAAGGAGUGUCCUCAGGAGGUGCGCCAGCGGCAGCAGAGCCCCCCAGCGCCCUUCCGAUGGGAAUGUCCCCAAAACAGCCGUACUACGUCGAUCUGGAUUAGGUCUGAACAAAGCUCCGGAGACCACCACCACCCGAGCCUCAGCCAUGUCCCCGACCACGGUGCUCUACGUCCAGGGUGAAUCUUCCUCGGUGUCUGGGUGUCUCAACUGUUUCUCCACCCCGUUGGGGAAGGAGGUGCGUCUGAGAGGGCCAUGGUCUCCUGCCUCUCUACCCCGGGCCAGUAGCGUCAUCUCAACAGCCGAGGGUUCCUCGCGACGAUCCAGUGUCAACAGUGACUCUAGGGUGAUGGCGAAGGUAGAUCCCUUACCUAUCAUGGAAUCUGAUGGGAGCCCGAAUCAGGAGACGGACACGGUUAAUCAGAAUCAGAACAAGCAGAACAAUCUAGAAGAACCAGACACUGAUAAUCAACCACCACCACCGAGCAAACCCCCCAGAGACCCAGCGGUAGCCACCGAUCGACCCAAAUCCACCUGCCAGGAAUCCCUCUUCGGUGGCACCCCGUUCAACCUAGACUCUGUCUUCUCAGACACUAUCUUUAGCGAGUCGGUAGUCACCACCACUACUAGUAACAACAGCAAUAAUAACGAUAAGAACCAGACCUUCCUCUGUCUGAACCCAGAUCUGGAGCGUAACAUCAGUUUCCCGCCCCUGGGGCAGGGGUCCACUAACGGCACAGCACUGGGACACAUGGACAAUGUACAGAGCCAAAAUGGAGGACAUGAAGACUGUGAGAGUAAUACUGUGGAAAUCACUCCGUGCUGAUUGCUGAUGACAAGCAGUUUGUAGUUGCAUGUAUACGGUCCUGUAUUGAGUUCUGCAAUAGAAACAGGGAGUUGUGAAUGUCAGUACCCACAUAGUACCAACCAUUACCAACGUAGUACCAACCAUUACCAAUGUAGUACCAACAUUGUUUAAAAGAGAUGCAAACAUAAUGAUUUCCUAUUGUGUUGAUGCAAUAACUGUUCUUCUCCUUAUAGGUGCUUUUGAAGUAGUGAUGUUUUGCUUUUAGGCACUUUUCACAAGUCAUUAUAACUCUGUGUUAUACAGUAUUAUAAGAUCUCUGUUUUUGGGCUGAGAUUAUAGACUGUAUAUAAUGAUAAGAUGAACUGAAAACAUACCAAGACACAUUCACAUACUAUACUUGUUUCUCUAAUGUACAGAUGUUUUAUAUUUAGUCCAAAUGAAGAUGUAAAUAGAAUGUACUUUUAGGGAAUAAGUUAUUUGUUUUCAAAAAAGCACAUUGACAAUCUUCCUUUGUUGUUUGACAAAAGUUUUCAGUAUUCUGUUUUUAUUAGUAUUUAUAGGCCUGUGUUGAUAUUUGUGUUAAUAGGCCGUGUCAAUCUACAAAUGCUUAAACUCCCUAUUCAUAUGUACUUUUUGUUGUCCUAUACAGUAGAUCUAGUUAUACACAUAAAUCCUUCAACCAAAAAGCCAUAGCUCUCUGUCCAGAGUGUUGAUAUCACAUACAGACUAGUAGACAACAUGUACAUUACAUUACCAUGUCAGUUCAGAACGUUGGACAUUACAGUGAACUUAUAACAACAAACACAAUCAGUAAUCAUCUGAUUAGGAAAAACGCACCAAUAUGGUUCUUCGGUCGUGUGUCAUGUCACAUAUCAUAUCAUGUGUCGUGUCAUGUGGGGACUGAGUUUUUGUUUGGUUUGUUUAUUUGUUUGCUUUUCAUUGUCUCUGCUUCAUUGUCUCUGCUAAAAUCAGAUACUGAGAUUGUCCUCAGUGAAGAUGGAUCCUUGUAAAUGUAAAUGUGUGCAGGGACUUCAGGAGCCACCGUUGAAUAAAGCCCUUUUCAUUCCUUUAA